AUGGCCAGCAACCUCAUCGUUCUUGGCGACGCCGAAAUCCGAGAUCUUCUCAUAUCUCUGCCCAAAGAUGAAGUCCUUCAGUUCAAGAAAGCUCUAGAAAACAUCCUCAUUGACUUCUCUGUCAGAGGUGAAGGGAAAUACCAGCCAACACCAGACUUCGUCAAUCGACCGAAUGGGCAAAAGACUCUCUUCCGCACAUUCACUUCUCCAGACUAUGUAGGCACAAAGAUCGUGGUUACGCCAGCUCCAAUCAAGGGCGCAGAUGGCAACACGGUGAAUCGCCCACUUGGAGGACUUUUGUCUUUAUGUGAUUCAGCGGGUGUGCCGACGGGUAUACUCAAUGCAGCUGAGCCCACGGGCUACCGAACAACACUUUCUGCUCUGAUCCCGUGGACUUGGAGAAAGAAUACCGAGAACAUUGUGAUCUUUGGAGCGGGGAAGCAAGGGCUUUGGCAUACUCGUCUUGCAUUAGCUCUGAGGGGUUCCGAGAUCAAAAGGAUCACCAUUGUGAACCGGUCUGUAGGCCGUGCGAAGGAUUUGGUCAAGACAGUUACAGAAGAAAACCAAAAGUACUGGAAGUCUUCUGCCACUCUGGAUGUUCUGGAUCCUGCUCAAGCUGAUUACGACGAGGCUCUGGCAUCUCUCUUAUCAUCAGCUGACGCAGUGUUCUGCACAGUUGGUUCAACAAGCCCAUUGUUCCCUCUCAAGACAAUAUUGGGUGACGGUCAACGAAGCAGAUUACCCUUCGUCGGCGCCAUAGGUUCAUGGCAAGCCGAUAUGAUUGAACUCGACCCAGAAAUGCUUCGCCAUGCUGCCUCUCGCGACGACUCAUACAGCCCUCACGGUACGGAAGGCAGUAUUCUUGUUGACGAUCUAGAAGAGGCAAUGGUCAAGUCUGGAGAAGUGAUACAGAGCGGUCUCAAGGGUGAGAGAUUGCUUCAAGUUGGAGAGAUCUUGGAUUGGCUAGAUGACGGGUCUGACAGGAAGCCUGAAGGAGGCGUUGAGAAGUUGAAGAAGUGGAUUAGUGAAGGCUUCGUCGUGUAUAAGGGCAUUGGUGUGAGUGUCACAGAUCUCGCCGCUGGAAACGCCAUCCUGGAUCUUGCUAGGAAGAGAAAUGCUGGAACGACUAUCUCUGACUUUUAG